GUCGUUUCGAAUCACAUUGACUUUGUAUUUUCCAGGAAGACCGCGGAGAAAGCGCUGAAGCUGAUGAUGUGCAAACGAGACGUUUCCGAUACGACCUCCGCCAAGUAGGGUCCAUACUUGGCGCUCCGUCCAUGCCAAGCCAUCUGCCCGAAGCUGAGCCCAUUCUACCAGGUCACACGCUCAUCAGACCAGCGCUGGGCAUGCUCAAAUCCUCCGUCAAGUUCCCCCAUAAAGACCAAGAGAAUGGCGCUGGCGUUUUAGGGAAUUUGAACAAUUUGGGCAUCAGAUAUGACGGACGAAACGAACGAAUAUUAUAUUCGGGAUUCCGUAGGACACCUGCAAAAUACAUUGUGGAUAAAAAUAAGAACGUAUUGGAUCAGCUCUUAAGAAAUAUAAAAAAACUAACGAAGACAAGAAGUAAACGUGACAAACGAAUUGUCAAGAUAUUUCCAAAGAACCGAUACCGUUUGCAUGGACCAUUUGCUUACAAAAACUUGGGAAAUGUUUCUCCUAAAAGAAAUUCUGGAAAAAGGCAUAAACCAUAUUUACGACAAGAUGAUGAUGAUGAUGAUAAUGAAUAUAAUGAUGGUGAUGCUGAGGACGACGAUGAUGUAAGCUGGAGUGAUGAAUAUGGACAAGAAUAUGAAGAAAAUAAUGAUUACAUAGAACCGGAACACACCGACAAUGAUAAUUCUAAAAAGAAAUGGUUUUGGGACUCUCAGAAUUCAUUUAAUCACAUAAAAAUAAACCAAGAAGCACCAGAAUACUCUGACCUAAUUCCAGUGAAUGUAAGCAAAGAUAUACGGAGCUGGUGGUUUUACCAUCAGGACGACUACCAGCCUUUUGAAGCCAAAACAGAUGAGUGAAAUUGAAUUAAUCCUGCUGACCUGUAUUUUUAUAGUAAAGUAA